UCUCGUUGGAGACACGUUUAACUACGUUUGAACACAGUAAUAUGAGGGACCCUCGGGAAUAUCUGUGGAUUUCGGAGACAUACAUCUGCUGAAGGAAGUUUGUUAUUUCAAAUAACGUCAGGUCUUUCAUUAUUUUAGAAGGUUUCUUGAAAGGUGAUCAUGAUGUGCGAUGCCAGUGAAAUGUUGGCAGCUGCUUUGGAGCAGAUGGAUGGCAUCAUUGCAGGUUCUAAGGCUAUGAACUACACCAAUGGCCUGUUUGAUUGUCAGUCACCAACGUCGCCUUUCCUAGGCAGCCUUCGGGUGCUGCAUCUCUUGGAGGACCUGAGGGCUGCGUUGGACCUGAUGGAUUCAGGGGAAAAAGAAAGUCUACGCAGUCAGGUGUCCGAAACCACAGCUGAGGGUCUGAUCGAGUGGCUACAAGGCCAACUG